UGGUGUUUGUAUGUUCUUGAUAGCGCUGGCUUUAGUUUCACUUGUUUCUCUGAACCCUUUGUGAGGCGUCAAAUGUUCCCCGAUUGUAACGAAAUGUUGCGAGUUUUUAUCUUAUUGGAUUAACUAUGUGCAAUCAGCAACCGUAGUAAUGAUCUUCAUUCCAUUGUGAAUGUAGAUACAUCAUCAUACAUGCAACGUUUCCUGUUCCCCUAACAUUUACGUCUACAAUGGCAAAUCCUGGGUCGGUCGCAUCCGCGCCUGGCAUUGCAGAACCGCAGGAGUUAAUUCAUAGAGCGCGAAUGUUAGCAGAUAAGCUGCGCUCGCGUGACGAUAUGGUCACGUCCUUACUGAUGAAGGCUCGCGCCCUGGAAAAACGGGAAGAAGUCACGGGAGAAUUCCACAACGCGCUAGUCAGUCUGAAUAAGUUGACCGUCCAUGCCAGCACUGACCGUUCCGCUGUGAUCCGGGAUCUUCGUGAAGAGAGCCGUAUCAUCAAAGGGCUGCGACAAGAAAACGAUGCAUUAUGCGAAGCAGCUCAGGAAAAUAGCGCAGUCAUAGAGUAUAUCAUGAAGAAAUAUCGUCAGCAUGUCAAGAAGCUGGCACUGAUCCGUCAGCAAGAGACUUUAUAUCCUGCAUUGCUCAGUCAAGCCAUUGCCAAUGGAGGCACUGCCAAAGAACACGCCGAGGACCUGGAAGAGAUGAUCUGUAUCAGUCAGCACGCGGUGAAAGUCGAUACCGAAUCCAGUCGGAAGCGAAUGGAGUUUUUGCAGGGUAUCGAGCAGGAAAACAGUGCACUGCGCCAUGCCUUGAAUACCUCCAAGCGCUACGCACCCCAAUUAAAUUCCAGCGCUCAAACAGAAGAGGCAUCCCAGGGUCGGCCUUCGGUGUAAUGGAGGUCCUUUAUACACGCCGGAAGAAGCGAUGGGCCUAGCUGUGAUGAAUAUUGUCUUUGCCAGUUGCCUGAAUAUUUGCAUUCCCUCUAACUCAAACUUAGCCUUGUUUUGUCGGGUUCAUUGUUUGUGACUUCGAGACAACAAAUUUUCAGAUACGGUUUCUAGCACGAGUUAAUUCUUAUCAUUUUUUAUUUGGAUUUACUUGCCCAUUUAUUUCUUGAGCGGUGAUUCUUGUAGGAUUAAUGUUGUGAAAAGUAUGAUAAGGAUGUGUUUGCGAAGUUUUGUAUUUCUUGGUGAUUCGUGUAGCAAAUUUUGAAUUUUCGGAUUAAAGCGUUCUGGUGUUA